AUGUUGAGGAAUUAUACAAAUUCGGAAAUCUGGCCGCGGCCCGCCGGGCCCGGCCUGUCAUUUAUAUAUGGAAUUGAGCGGACAUGUCGUGGUAAGCCAAGCGUAUUUAUGUUUGAUAGAUCAACUGGAAAGGUUGAGCCUGAAAGGUUCAAUACACAUGGAACCCCGGGCUACCCCGCAAAGCUAGGAUCAGGUGAAUCCGGCAUUGUGCUCAAGCUUUGGCAACAUUGUUGGCCAGACGGCUUGGCAAUGCGUUCGUGUGAGAAUUGGCAUGAAAGUAGGUGCAAUUACUGGCGCCAGAAAGAGAACCACGGCAAACCUAGACCAUCUAGAUCUAAGGCAAUGGGGUGUCAUAGAACUCCAUCACCAAACCAGAUUUCAGAGAAGUCGAAAUAUGAACUGCUAAAUCGGGCUUGGAAUUCACUCAACUACAAAGAAUUCCAAGAGAACAAACUUAAGUACAUAAAUUUCUUUUCAGGCAAUCCAAUCAGCAAGGUUUUGUAA